UUCACUUCUUGUACGCCCUUCCUAUCGAUUCGCCAUGUCUCUCCCUGGGUCCUCACGCAGCAUCAGACGACAAUGCCAAUUACGGCUGCAUUCGGGCACAAGCCCCUCCCUGAGCUUGCACUAUAGCUCCAACCUGCGCCCCCGCCUUGCCCAAGAUCACUUCCACCUUCAGCAUAAUCAACUCGCACCUCGACCUCCGCCCAGUUCCUGCUUCCACACCACUUCAUCCAACAAUGCCUUGUAUCGAACGCCUCGGAAAUCCCCUGCGCUCCGGCGCGCCGCCAACAUGAGGGAUGCCCGCGUGUCUUCUCCUCCCCGCCCUGCAGGAAUCGGCCCGGAGUCUCGCAUCACCGGCGACCUCACCGUUCACAAAAAGUGGCUCGCAACAGGAGGCAUGGACAACUGGGCGGACGCCGUCCUCAACAGAGACCUCAAAACAGAGAUCACGUGGCCAAUUUUCGAAGCCACCGGCCUACACUUGCUAGAGUGUGCUCAUGGCGGCCCUCCCACCCUGGCCGCAAUUGAAAAUAACCCGCGCAACUUGACACCCCUGGAAGUGUUCAAAAUCGGCAAGCUCAUCCUCCCGCUCCAUCAACCCUUCCAGCACUGGGUCUCCUCGGCCAGCGCCCUGGCCAAAGUCCGGCCCGCGAUCUACAUCCAAGCAGCCAACUACCUGAAGGAGAUGCGCGCGCACAACAAGAGCCAGUCCCCGCCGCCGCCGCCGCCGCCGCGCGACGUGCCGAUCCUGCAAGCCGUCGAAGCCCUGGCGACGGGCCCCUUUCCCGACCCGCGCGCCAUGCACCUCCACGCGCGGGUCCUCUGCCACCGACAACAGUACCGCGAGGCGAUGGCCCUCCUGGACGAGAUCCUCGAGCUGAUCUACCCAGCCAAGAAGCUCGAACCGGGCUUCGAGACGGGGCUGUACUUCCCGCCCAUCGACUCCUUCUGGGACACCUACAUGUGGGUCCAGGGCCUCAUGCUGGACCACAAGUACCGGACCAAACACACCCCCGAGGAGAUCUACCGCCGGGCCGCCGAGGAGUUCCAACAGCCGGAGUACCUGGUACGGUACGCGGGCCACCUGCGCGAGCAAGGCCGGUGGGACCAGUACGAGAAGUACAUGCGCAUGGCGGUCAUGGCGGGCCACCGCCGGGCCACCCGCCGGCUGGCGUGCUACUACUACCUCAUCGCGCAGGGGCGGUACCCGCGGCGCGGGCAAUCCGCCGCCGCCGCCGCCGACUUCCGCCCGGUCGACCCCGCGCAGGAGGGCCAGGGCUUGCUGCAGGAGAGGCACCGCCCGUGGUGGCAGCGGCUCCGCGACGAGAUCUGGGCCGAAGCCCGCCGGCCGUCGCUGACGCACUACCGCGCCAUGGCCCGGGAGCUGUUCGAGCUGGCGGCCGCGUAUGGGAGCCCCGAGUCCGUCGUCGUCGCCGCCGUCAUGGCCCGCGAGGAGGGCCGCCUGGCCGAGGGUGAGCAGAUGAUUCGCACUAUGCUUCGCGCCCCUCAAUUCCAGGGUCCCGAGUGGGCGCAGGUCAAGGUGGACGUGCAGAGCCUUCUUGAGAAAUGGGGGGAUCUGCAGUUCAAGUUUAAGAUCCCGGAAGAGUACUUCGUCCUCUAGGCCAGAAAAAGGACAAGGAAUUCAACAAAAUGAGAGUUGGGUUGCCCUCUUCUGCGGGGUGGUUUCGUGACUCUGUAUCGGACUCGGUGAAGUGAGGUGUGGGCGGCUUUGUUGAAAGCUCGAUUUCUUCUCUGUGCACUCUUAAUAAUGACUGUGAUACCCAAGUAUAGACUAAGAACGUUGUUCCAAUACAAGAGAG